AUGUCGAUCUGGCAGAAGUACUUCGUGGCGCACUUCCUCUUCUCGAAGAUUUGUCUAAUCCAGAAGAAGGAGGUAUUGAUUUCCCUGGAGUUUUGGUGCCACUUUCUCAAAGACUCAGGACCGGAAGGUCAAGGUAGUGACUCUGGCGCUAUUUUAGGACCUCUCAUUCAGCUAAUAGCGCCAUUGAUCGGACCUCUUUUAGGUCCCUUGAUCGGACCUCUCAGUCGCACGAGUAGUGGUCCCGGAAGUAAAGAGGGAUCGGGAUCUUUAGUUUCAUCACUCGCUGGUCCUUUGAGCGAGCCUCAAGGACCGUACGGACAAUCAGUACUGUCGAAUCUCAUUGCCAGCAUCACAGCCAAGCUAAGUAAAGAACUUGCUAAGUCAGCAGGCGAUUCGGACGUUAAAGCUCUAGUUAGUUCACUUGUGCAAGGAGUGCUCGCCGGUGCCAGUGCUGGCUCGAGCGGUCCCAAAGGCUACGGUCCCAAAGGUUACGGUAACCGAGACACGUACUACGCGCCCACGACGUACGGCGCUUACGAUUCUUACAGUUCUUACGGCACCUACAAACCUUCUACUCCGAAUCCAAGCGACAUGAUUCUCGCGUCGGUCAAAGAGAUCAUCGGCGCCGUCUUGAAGCUGUCAGCCACGUCAUCCACUUCUAGCGCAGGUCUGUCCGGCACAUCGUCCAGCUCAAGCGCCAAUUUGUCGGCCAAAUCUUCAGAGAGCUCCGCGAACGAGAACGAAAUGCCCGCGUACGGUGCACCCACGAAUCCGCCUUACCCACCGCCUUCGCCACCGCCGAAACCGUCUUACUCGCCUCCGUCUUACUCGCCUCCGUCCACGAACUCUCCCUACGCAACAUUUUUGCGAAGACAAACUCGGCAUCAAAAAAAGAAAUCUUAA